ACGCCGCCGCGCCGCCGGUAAGUUGAAGUGUGAACACGGUAGAAUACGGACGUUAGUUGGACAAGACGUAUUUUUCAUAACCUUGAAUUGACGUAGACGUAAUACGCGCGUGUUUGAUUUCUAAAAGUGUUUUUUUAAGUGUUAUUUUGUUUAUUAAAAAAAAAAAACUUGGUAUUGUGUAAUGUGACGGUCUGAAGUGACGGCAUGACCAGUGUAUUAAAAAAAUCUAGAGGUACCAAAGGUAAAUCGGAAUCAAUGCAAGAGGAUUUGCCCUCAAGAUGGAGUGUCUCACAGGGGCACAGAGCCGAAGAUGCUGCAAAACUGGUCAAAUAUAUCGAUGAUAACGUUAUUGGCAAAGGGAACUCUUUUUGUGGGCCGUUUGGACGCAGAAAAGUUGUGUACUGCGACUACAGUGGAUCUGGUCGCGCCUUAAACUGGAUUGAGGAUUACAUUCAGCGCGAUAUAUUGCCGACACAUGCAACACGCAGCACUGCUUUAUCAUUCACAUCGGGACAAACGGAAAUAUUCCGGUCUGAAUCGAAGGAUAUAAUUCGUAGAGCAGUAAGAGCCUGUGCCGAAGAUGUGGUGGUCCUUGGAGCAUCUCUCACCCGGUUCCUCAGAGCACUUCGGCCGCAGAAUGUGGUGGUGUUUGUAUCAUCACGGGAAACGGAUGUACAACUCGCGCCCUGGAAAGAAUGCGGUGCCGAAUUAAUCAAGAUACCAGAAACAAAAGAAGGGUUCAUUGACCUUAAUAAUUUAGAGCACAAGUUACAAGAGAACACAGGAACGGGAAAGCGAAUGAUCGGGUUCUUUCCUGCGGCUUCAAAACUCACUGGAGUCCUGGCUGAUGAUGUGGCUACCACAUUACUUCUUCAUCAGUAUAGGGCGUGGUCUUUCUGGGAUUACACCCUGGUAGCACCAACGUCGGCUGUUGACAUGAACCCGACGUUUCCCGGCGUCGAGGAAGGCAUGGUGAAAAAGGACGCUGUGUUCUUCAACUGUGAAAAGUUUGUUGGGGGUGUUCAAGGCCCAUUUGUGACAGUCUUCAAGCGGGAGCUGUUCAAGAAUACUGUGUUGUAUUCUGAUGAUGUAGAGAUACUAUCAGAAACAAUAGAAGAAAUAAGAUGUAUUGAAGCUAUAAGAGCGGCGAUUGUUAUGCAGCUCCGAGAUGCAAUCGGCUUGCAAAUGAUAGCUGAUAAGCAAGACUUCAUUACUAGACAAGUCAUAUCCCACAUCAAGAACAUACCAGAAUUACUUCUUCUGGGAAGUGAUGUGCCAACAGUGAGGAGACUACCAAUAUUCUCUCUCAUGGUGAAGCAUCCGAGGGGAACUUUUCUUCAUCAUAACUUCGUGUGCGCCAUCUUGAAUGACGUUUUUGGUAUCCAGGCACGAGGCGGACUUAAUAAUCUAUCAUUUGGAUCUGAUGUCUUAGGCAUAGAUGAACAGCUAUUGAAGGAGUACGAGAAAUUAUUGGAUGUUGAAGCACAAAAAGAAAUAGCCAGAGUACGAAAGCUGAGUGUUAUCAAAUCCCCAGAAGUUCCAAUUCACAACGAACCGCUAAGACCUGGAUUUUGUAGAAUUUUUCUUCCUUUCUUUAUGUCGGAAUGCGAACUAGCAUUCGUAUUGGAAGCUCUGAAAAUGGUAGCAACGGAAGGUUGGAAGAUUUUGCCUCAAUACGCUGUUAAUGCAGAAACGGGACAAUGGCGGCAUCAUUCUUGCUCUGGGCUAAGAGAUAAGAAAUCUUUAUUCUCUCUACGAUUCCAUGACGGCAAGAUAACUCCGCAUGAGCGGCGUAUUUCAGGUCCAGGAAUAUUCCCACAAACGUACACAGAGUGUCUGCAAACAGCAAGAAAUUUGUUCAGUAAAGCUAGAAAAUUGGCGAUGAAAUGCCCUCCAACUGAGCCUGAAGUCACCUUUAACCCGAAAAUUGAUUAUUUAAGAUGGUUUAUGUUACCUAAGGAAGCACAUGAACUUUUACUUGGGCGAUCAUCAAAUGUGAAACACAUUGUCCCAUUCGAUCCAUCUGGAUAUACCGGAGCAAGAAAAAGUCUUAACAGUUAUUCGAGAUGUUCAAAUACCUCUUCACCCAUCCUGGGUUCAUCUCCAAGACAUUUCAGCCUUUCGGCUAUCGACGACUGCCAAAUAUUUAGGCUGAAACAUAAACAAAAGUUCUAUUCAAGAGAGUCAAGUUUAAGAGAAAGUACAAACGAGGAAACUGUUAAAAUUGCCCACCAACCCGUACAAUUCGCGGUGGGCGAGUCAGUGUCACCUUUAUAUCUAGUCCCACAAAGUAGCAGACCAUCACUAGUCAGGUCCAGAUGUUAUAGCUUAGGUUCAGACAGUCCACCUCCACCUUUUAGCCGUCAAACCAAACUGAACCUGGGGAUCAAAGAAGCCAGCCCGAACAACGCUGAUAAAUCCAGUAGUUUUUGUAAUUGUGGCAGCCAAACAGAUUUGCAGUCAUUAGAAGACAGCAUGAUCUCAACAGAUAAAAACUUUCCCUAUAGCAGCCAAAGUAGUACGUCCAUGUCUGACUGUAGCCAAGUUGGUCGGACAUCGCCCACGGCUUCAAUAACGUCACAAACGUCAGAGGAACUCACAUACGUGAAGGAAAAGACCAACGAAAUCGCAACCGAAAUUAAAUCUCAACUACGCGGAGUAAUCUCCAGAGUAGACGAUGUAUUGGAGAACUCAGAUAUCACGAACCAAUCUAACACGAGCAUAACAUCCAUUUCUAGUCAAAGCGAUAAGAAUUCUAUGUCAGUGGUAGAUUUAGCGGAAUAUCUGGUGGGGAAAUCGGAAGAGAUGGCCUCAGAGUUAAAGUACAAUAUUCGAGAAAUGGUAGACGAAAUGAUAUCUCCGGACUACUCAGGAUCAUGCUUAAGGAGAAACUCACCACCAAAGCCGAGACAGAGAAUCGGUUCUGGGCCAGAGCUGAGUCUAGGGCUCGAUCUCCAAAACUUAAAUCCAAAGCAGCCCUUAAGGAAAUGUCCAACCAGCCCAGUAUUUCCGUCGCAAUAUGACGAGGAUGACAAAUUCUGCAAAAGUUCACCGAGUACACCACCUAAGUCCGCACAAUGCACGCCUUCGCACGAGGCAUCCGGCCCUAAUAGUAUCUCUUUCAACUCCAGUGAGACCUCUACCCCUGAUACCAUAAUACAGGUCGUAACGACCUCGCAAAACUCACCAAAUCUUCCAAAGUCAUUAAGCUCAAACAAACUGUCCGAUGACGAAACAAGCUGUAUGGAUUCAGUGUGUAGACACUGUUGUUUUAAGAAAAAUUGGUGCCAAAAUCAUUCAGCCAGCUCACAAGACAGCGGUAUCAACAUGAUAUACACCGACUCCGAUACAUAUUCCGAUUUUGUAAAAUGGCGCACAUCAUCGGAUCCUUCAACAAAUAAGAAGAAGUUCGUCCAGGGUCGUCUCCGAAUGUGUCAAAAGCACGAGAAGACAGAAGUGCCUGACAUUAUAGAAGGUGUUCCAGUUAGCGGACCUCUCAAGACAUACGACACGGAUUCUGGUAGAGUUGUCUUCCAAACACCUGACGACGCUGAACCACGGAACAGAACAUCGGCCCAAGACUCGAAGCGUUCUAGCAGAUCAUCAAACGCCUCUUCCAGCUGUUCGGACCGUAGCUCUAGAUCCAGCGGUUAUGGAACUGAUGGGCAACGGCCAUCACAGGAAGAUAACUUUUAUGAUAGAAGUGAAUCCGAAUGCCGUCACUCGAAGUCGGAGUGCUGUGGCGAAGAGAUGGAACAAGACGACAGCAGCGCGUGCAGCGAUGGCUCUCUUACGGACUUCACUUUCGACGACGAAGGCAAGUGGCACUGCCCGCCCAAAGCUGUCUGGAAAGCCACUCUUGAGGCUAUCCACGAGUUCAACAUGAUCCGUCCCGGCGACAAAGUGUUGGUCUGUCUGUCGGGAAGAAGGGACUCCAUCGCGCUGUUGCACACCAUGCACCAGUACCAGUUCUACGCCAGGUCCAAGGGAACCCAUUUCUCUAUUGGGGCAUUGUUCGUCCACGAGCCCAAAUCGGAUGUGGAUCCUCUGCACCUGAUGGCCUACUGCAGGACUCUGGGCGUCAAAUUCAUCUAUCAGGACAAGAUUGGAGAUGAAUCUGAACGGCGUAGCAGCACAAAUCCUUCGGAAUUGCAUCGCUGGUCGACUCAUGAAGUGCGCAGACGCACGUGCGACGCUGCCGUUGCGCACGGCUACGGAGUGGCCGCAGUCGCUCAAAACUUGGACCACGCAGCGAAGACUUUCAUGGCCAGCGCCCUCUAUGGAGGCGCUCUUUGCUCCUUGAAGGCGCAUUAUAAAGUCAGAGACCAAGAAGUCCGAGUGAUCCGCCCUUUCAUCUACGUGCGAGCUCAUUGGCUGGACACGUUUUGUUGUUCGCGCGCUUUGCCUGACUUCGCUGGACAUGGCGCCUGCGGUGUUGCCAUUAAAAGUAAAACCCUGGAUAGAUCGAUAUCCGAACCCUGCGGUUCCCGGCAGCUAGAUCUGGAGCAGAACGAAGACCUGGAGCCUCUAAUGCUGGCCCAGAGCAUCCUGGACGACCAGGAGAGGGCGCAUCCUUUCGUCUUCUCUAGCUUGAAAAGUGCUUUGCAUCCUCUUAUCAGUGCCAGAAACAUAGAAAAGGACCAAAAGGAGCAUAGACACAGGAAGAAAUCUGUAAUACAGAUGAAAAAUGGCGCGCCCGUAUACGACUCGGACGAAGGAAGUGAGGAAGAACCGGUGCCGUAGAUUACAAACUUUCCCGCCAAAAACGGCUCGGGGACAUUUCAUUGACAUUUUGCCAUAAACACCAAACUCAGUGAUUGCGUUGUGAUCGAAAACAUUAAAAAUAAUAUUAUUUUAUUCAAAUGAGUUACGAAUUGUCAAAGUUUAAUAUCAAUGUUGUUUUUCUACCAUUUUGGUAGAUUUUUGAAUAAGUGCGUAUUUACGAAGUGCAUUUGUCAAGUCUGGUAAUUAAGUGAUGAUAUUAUAUUUUGUACGAAAUAUAAAAGUAUUUAGGCUCACUUUAUUGUCCACUAAAAUAUAUUAUAUUCGUUAAAUAUGUCGUUUGUGAUGAGAUAAUUUUAUAGGCACUCGCCUUAUGUUGAAAAACUUAUAUUUUGAUAAAUAGUAUUAGAAAUAAGUCAUAUUAUGUAUUAUCUAUAUUCUAUAUACUGUUUAAACGUCCACGUGAGUUAUAUUUUGAGAAGCAAGGGUUUAUUCAAAAUAAAUAAGUCGCCUUAUCUAUUUUUCAUGCGCAAGAACAAUAAUCAAAUAAUGCUUGCAAAAUAUACCCUCGCUGUGGAUUUUUGGUAGAAAUAUAAAAGUUGUUUAUUUAGAGGUUUAAUUAUAAGCGAAAGUCCUAGCUAUAAAGUUUUCAAUUUAUCUAUAGCUUUGUGGUAUUAAUUUUGAGAAUGAAUAAUACAUCUGGCAACAUCGCCAUUCGUCUUCCAUUUUGAUUUAAUCUAAAAACGGAGUACCCAUGGCGAUGAAGACUGAUUUAUUUUUGUAAUCAGGUGAAGUAUGCUAAUGUUUUUAUUUUUGAGUAGAGAUUUAAUUACUUUGCAUGGUUCAUAUUAGCUGUACGUAUUUUUGUACUAAACAUAAUAAAUUCCUAUAACAUUAUGUAGAAUAAGAGUUGCAGUCCCAUUUGCUUCCAAUGUAUUCAAGAAUGAUAUACAAGUUGUCGUAAAAUAAAUGGAUCUUUUCA